AUGGCGGAAUCUUUAGCGAUCGAUGCGAGCGAAUUUAGAGCGAUUUUUGGUGUUAAUCCUGACGAGAAUGAUGAUGUUAACAAUUCUGAAAAUGAGUUUCAGGGUUUUGAACUUUCUUCUGAGGAAGAAAGCAGUUCUUCUGAGGAAGAAAGCGAAGACGAGAGCGAUGAAGAUAGUGUUAAAAAUUGGUCGGAGCAACUCACGCAUUUCGACCUCGAGGACUUCACCGGGCAACAACGGUUAAAGAAAACGGUAUCAGAAGAUGCAAAAGCUGAAGACUAUUUUAGCUUGAUGUUUUCGGAUGAACUUAUUGGUUUAAUUUCUGACGAAACUAACCGAUAUGCACGAUUUAUUAUCGGGCAGAAGGCCGAUAGAGAGGCACGGCUGGCGAAGUGGAAGGACGUCACUCCCGACGAACUCCGCAUGUUCCUUGGGGUAGCGCUCGUGAUGGGGAUUAAUUCCUUGCCACAGCAAGCCCUUUAUUGGUCCCAGAACCCCCUAUUUGGAAACCUUGGGAUUCAGGACGUGAUCCCCAAGACAAGGUUUGAAGAGAUCGCCCAAUUCCUGCACUUCAGCGAUCCGAACAACGAGCCACAACGUGGGGACGCCGAUUACGACCGUCUCUUUAAAGUUCGCCCGGUACUGAGCGAUGUCUUAAAAAGUAUCCAGCAAGCUUACGAGCCCUCAAAGGACAUAUCAGUCGAUGAGGGAAUGAUUGCCUUCAAGGGAAGACUUGGUUUUCGCCAAUAUAUGCCUGCAAAGCCGACGAAAUACGGCAUAAAAGUAUGGAUGGCGGCCGACGCGAACAACGGCUACGUGUGCAACUACAAAGUUUACCUUGGGCAAGAAAACAGACAGCGUGUCCAUGGACUCGGCUACGAUGUGGUUAUGGAUAUGGCUAAGCCUUUCCUUAACAGUUACAGACACAUCUUCUGUGAUAACUUUUUUACUACUGUUCGGCUUUUUGACCACUUGCUAGAUCAAAAAACCUAUGCAUGCGGGACUGUGCGCGUGAAUCGCAGGGAAUUGCCGCCAUGUGCCAAAGAGAAGUUGAAGCCCGGUGAAAUGCUUCAGCGUCAGCGAGGCCAGCUCCUCUUCACAAAAUGGCACGACAAGAGGGAUGUCAGUCUUCUUUCGACAAAUGUUUCCCCUCUUGAGCCGGGUCGCACAGUGAGAAGAAAGUAUCGCAGCCGCGAAGAAAUAGACAUCGAAAAGCCGAAGGUGACGGAUGUUUACACGGCGCACAUGGGAGGAGUUGACCGCGCGGACCAGCUCCGAUCGUUUUAUUCCUCGGGCUGGCAAUCGCGUAAAUGGUAUAAAUACGUGUUUUGGUUUUUAUUCAAUCUGGCGGUGACAAACGCAUUCGUCCUUGAAGGAUUUAAGCGCCAAUUACAAGGAAAGGCGAAGAGGACUGUUAUCGUUUUCAAGACAGAACUAGCGCAAUCGCUUAUUGCUAAGUUCAACUCGAGAAAGCGCCCACGAGUCCCUGCUCCCCCAACUCCCCAGAACAUCCCAGCCUCAGCUCAUGUCGCCACUCGUGUAGAAGGAAGGAAGAGGGCAUGUGUUCUUUGCAGCAAGAAGGGAAAAACGACCCCGAAAGGCUACAAGAUCGAGACAUACUAUGAGUGCGCGGUCUGCAAAGUCGGUCUCUGUCGUAAAGGUUGCCACCAGGCAUUCCAUGAAAUGGACCAUGGCACGGCUAAACUAUCAUAG